GACUCCACCUCCCCGUUUUUGCGGGUCGCUGCUGCUGGGUGCUGUUUGAGUGUGUGGCCUUUAGCUAUUGAGGCCUUCGGUCUCGGUCGCGGCAGGUUAGCUCACCCCGUCUAUUCUCAAUUUGAGGAAUCUCAAUCGUUGUUUCAAAUCAGACGUACAAAAACCGUUCAGAAAACGGUUUACGGAAUUUAUUAGAAAUUAUCCAGCGUCCAUCGUCUUUGCGUUGAUGUUGAAAAGGAACGGCGUCAAUGUAUUCGGAUUAUAAAACCCGUGUUAAAUAACCGGAGCGAAGCGUUCGACCGUUAAAAAUAUAAAAAAUAUCAAUAUACUGUGCGACAGCAGCUGAUAAUUAGUUAUGGCGUUUUUAAGAUCUGUGCCAAGGUGUUGUGCUGGAUCUAAAUUCGGGAAAAACUUGCAACUUGCGCUUCCGGGAGGAAUUUCGGAGAACGUUGCACGUCGUUCGAUCCAGCUUUUGCAGGUCAUUGAAACAAGGGAUCAUGACAGUUCACGAAGGACUAUCACGACGAGAGCGGCGGCAUCUACGGAAAGCAGCGCCAGCGGGGGUGGAAUCGGUGGCGGAAGUAGCGGAACAAUGAAACCAGUUCCAAGGCAAAUUGACCCCCUAGAUCUGGCAUUCAACGACCCCGUAGCUUCCUACAAGAGCAAGACCACCAAGGAACUCAUUAGAGCUUACAUCGUCUACCAACUAUGUUCCGUAGAAUUUUUUGUCGAGAAUAACAUGAAGUUGACGAAAUUGUGCAACAACAUAUUGGGGGACAGAUUAUUUUCAAUUCUCAUGAAAUCAACUUUCUAUGGUCAUUUCGUAGCAGGAGAGGAUGAACAAAAGAUCACACCAGUGCUGGACAGGCUCAGAUCAUUCGGCGUUAAACCACUUCUCGAUUAUUCUGUAGAAGAAGAUCUAUCGCAAGAAGAAGCUGAGCGGCGUGAAGUUCAGGCUUCGGUAUCGGAGGCAGGUGAUGAAAAAAAAGAGGGUACAAUCAAGAAGUAUCACGUGGAGAAAUCAUUCGCUGAUCGUCGAUACAAAGUAUCUUCAGCUAGGACAUACUUCUACCUGAAUGAAGCCUCGUGUGAACGUAAUAUGGACGUAUUCAUUAAAGCCCUGGAGGCUUGUGCUACGGUUUCCAUGGGUCUUGGUAUAAUUGCCGUCAAAUUAACAGCUCUCGGUCGUCCUCAACUUUUGCUUCAACUUUCUGAAGUAAUCAUGCGGGCACGUCAAUAUAUGUCCGAUGUUGUCGGAGGGGAAGGGGCGGUAUUGGCGCACCACGCUAAACCUGAUGACUUCAGAAAAAAAUUUGAGGAAGCACGUAUCAGAGAUGAAAUACCAGUACAAAAAUUCCUCGACAAAAUUCAGGCCGACAAGGAAGGAAACGUCAUUCAUUUAUUCCCAUGGAGCGGCAUUUUGGAUGAGAACUAUGAACUGAGCGAGACUUUCCAGGUUCCAGACAUACGGACUGGAAAAAUGGUGAGGCUCAUGAGUCAGCUCACUGCCAAGGAGGAAGAAAUGUUCAGGAACAUGCUGCGGAGAUUGAAUACCAUUGUAGCGGUGGCCGACAAACUGAAUGUCCGGAUAAUGAUUGAUGCUGAACAGACGUACUUUCAACCAGCGAUAUCUCGACUGUGUCUAGAAAUGAUGCGAAAAUACAAUACAGAAAGGGCCGUGGUGUUCAACACAUACCAGACAUACCUCCAGGAUGCCUAUAACGAAGUCAAGACUGAUCUCGAACAGGCGGAGCGGCAAAAUUUUUACUUCGGUGCCAAACUUGUGCGGGGGGCUUAUCUUGAACAGGAAAGAGCCAGAGCAGCUGCAAUGGGAUAUCCAGAUCCGACUAAUCCCACAUUUGAAGCAACAAACGAAUCUUAUCAUAGGACUUUUAUGGAAUGUCUGCGAAGAAUGAAACGAUACAAAGACAAAGGCAUAGAUCCUAAAAAGAUUGGUAUCAUGGUCGCCACACACAAUGAGGACACAGUCCGAUUUGCUAUAGAAAAAAUGAAGGAAAUUGGGAUAUCCCCAGAAGACAAAGUAAUCUGCUUCGGCCAGCUAUUCGGGAUGUGCGAUUAUUUGACAUUCCCUCUUGGUCAGUCGGGAUACUCAGUGUAUAAAUAUAUCCCAUAUGGACCUGUAAAGGAAGUGCUACCGUACCUGUCACGGCGAGCCCAUGAAAAUAAAGGAGUGUUGAAGAAGAUUAAAAAAGAAAAGAAACUAAUACUGGCUGAAAUUCUCAGGCGUAUGGUAACUGGCAAAUUGUUUUACACACCCAAGGGAAAUUACACCCCCGUUUGAGUUAUCGCAUGGUGCGUUGCUCAAUUUUAUUUCAAAUACGGACUUGAUAUAUUGAACCCUACAUGCGAUAAGACUAUACAUAUGAUGUAGAUGAAAUGAUGGACUUGUCAAGUUCAAGAACGUGUGAGUGAAAAAGACGAUUGAUUGGUGUGAGGUAUCGCGUGUGAUAUGAAGAACGUUUACCGCGAUAGUGUAUUCCUUCGAAACCAGUCGCCAUUCCCUGCCUUACUUUGAAGAUAAGUCGCUAAAAUUUCUGUUCGUCAAGAGAUGUAACGUUUGUCAGUAUCUUUUAGUCAGAGAGCGCGCGUGUUUAACUACCGUGUGAGUUUUGACUGCAUUCAUUAACUAUGUGUAGGUAUAAUGAUGACAUAUUUUCUCAAUUUGUGAUACAUGGGCGUACCAUAGCCGGAUCUAUUCGUAAAAGCUGAUCGUAUUCAUUCAUUCACUGUUCGCAAUCUGACUUCAGCAGCAAUGGGUCAGUUAUUUGUUCAUUGAAAAGAAUACAAUGAUCGAAAGUUUGUCUAUGAAACGUUUGUGAUGCCACGGUGAGAAAUUAAUUUCGAGAUGUUUAGAAUUUGUACAACGAAUUCAUCGGCGUUCCAAUUCAGUAAUGCAAUUACAACUGUGAAUUGCAUGGGAAGUGAUUCAGACGCUUAUACUUUGUAACUUUUUAAUGUACACACACACACAACCUUUUUAUCGUUUUAUUGACGCAAAUAAUAUUUCUUAAUCCAACUAUUGUGUAUUUUCGUAAUUUGACGUGUCUAUCAUUAAUAAUCAAUCAUAUUGCACGUUCAAUGAUUUGAGAUCUUGAGCGCCAAAAAUAUGGUCGAAUGUGUCGGUAUGUAUGAAUUUUUUUGGUCCAUCAUUCAAUUUCAUCGAUUCUUGACAUAUUUUAAUUUUUUCUUCUUGCGCAAAUAGAGCAAACAAAAAUCAUACGACGUCUUGUCUCAUGUCAUUGAACAUACGCGCUGUGAUGUGCACACAAUACACACAUACUCACCAACUGUAUACGCUCACAUUGUGUGAUUCCAAGUGGUAAAAGUAAGUAACAUUUUCGGUGAGAAAAUAUACAGUUUUCACGAAACCAAUCGUGAAUUCUAUCAUUCGUGCUUUCUGUAUCAAGAGCGUUUUCAGCUGGUCACAUUGACGUAAUGCCCGUCGUUGCAUCACUAAUGGUGAGGUGAGAAUUUUUUUUUUAAUUCAAGAACUGAAUAACAUUUUUAUCUGAUUAAUCUAUUUACUAAAAAAUCUAGGAUAGAUGUAGUCUAUGUCUGCAUGUUGCUUCCAAUGGAUGCCUGUCCUUCACCAACUUUGAAACUUGAAAAACUUUUUUUUGACUCACCCCGUUUUAUCAGAUCUAUUUCGAACGUAUGAAAAUCACCUAUUCUCAUUUAAAAAGUGGCUUGGCUGGAUGUAUAGUACGAAGGUAAAGAAAAACGAGAACUAUUAUCAGUUUCGUGAAUUAUGUGCUGUUAUCAUUUUGAGUCGCACACAUUGAAGAUAGAUAAGUAUAAUGUAUAAUGUAUAAUAUGUUGGAUAUCUAACUCCGAUUUGAGGAUCUUAAUUCUAUAGGAUCGUGUGUAGUGACUUGAGAACGAUAGCAGGAUCACGGUGGAAAGUAUGAUUGUUUCUUCUGUUGUAUGAGAAUAUAUUUUAGUUUUGUCAAGAUGUAUAUAUACUAACUUUUAAAUGUUGUAAUAUACAUAUAUCAUCGAAAGAUUACCUAUUAAAAAUCUCACUCGGGUUUGUAGAACACAAUAAUUGAUUAUGUUUUAAAAAUACGGGAAGAUAGUCCAGUACAAUACCUACCUAAAGUGCCUACAUACUACCUACGUAGAAACACCAGUUAAAUAGCAUAUUUUGGAAUUCGUGAAACAGUGCAUGAAGAAAACCCGAACAUAUAAUGCACCAUGGGUCGUAGGGACGAUUCGUUAAUAUUAGCAAAGACCAGUGACGAUUUUUUCCGCAUGCGUGUGUGCGUGGAGCUGAUAUUCGAACCUGCUAUAAAUAUUAUACCACAGACGAUCAGCAUAAAAUUUACGACUGUGAUAAGUCUAUAUGAACAACUGAAUGAAGACAAAAUGCAGUGCAAUAUAAGUUUCCGGUGCACAAUACUGAUGCAGCAAAUUAUUGUGACAUUUAUGGAUUAUUUUUAGUAAAAAUCGUAGAUGCAACGUUUGUUGCGAUUUUAGAAAUUUUUAAGACAAUAAUUCUUGUACAGGCUGUUGCGCAAACACGAGAAUUAUGAAGAAUAAUCUCAAAACUUGGAUCCUCUUGAAAGACUUUUGAUGAAACCUCCGUAAAAACUUUGUAGCUGAUUGUAAAAGUAAAAGGUUUGGGGUGAGACUUCCUUUUCACCAGACCUUACAAUUAGUCUAGUGUAAAGUGUUUGUCUCUGAACCAAUAGCAGCAGUAUCAUCGAAGUUUUGUCGAAGUUCCAUCGAUAAAACUCAUAAUAGGGCUUCAGUGACAACGAAAAAGUCGAGGCCUAAGUCAUGCGUUAUCUUGAGAACGACGGCUCUAUUGUUGUAUCCUUUCACCAGAUCCUACCUGUAUAAAUUGAUAAUAAAGAUGUCUUGUAUUUUGGUAA